CUUCAAAGUUCAAAAGAGAAAAAGCCCAAGCACUUUUUGAGGUGAGAGCCGAGGAAACAGUAGAGCCGAUUUUUUUAUUAUUAUUUAUGUGGAUUCCACCGCUUGUUAUAUAUAAAUAUAUGGUCUUACCACUGGAAUGAUAGGCGGUUCCCGAUAAUCCCAAACUCUUCUCUGUUUUAUUCUUUCGUUUCUUUUCCUUAUUGCUCAUCAGUUCUUUGCUUUUAUUUUAUUUUUUUUUCCUGCCUCCUCCUCCUCCUCCUCCUCUGCAAACUGCAAUUGCUGAGAUAAAACUUUUAGUCCACUUCGGCAUUACUUUGCCCAUCCCUGCAGUCCAGUCUACUUGUUGUUUUAGCCUCAGCUUCUGCACUUACCUCUCUUAUUUCUUUUUCUUAAUUUCUCUUAAUUGGGUUGUGGUGAGAAUCCAUGGACAUCGACCUGCUAAAGUAUGCAACAGAAGAUCAGCUGGAGAUGAUGAUGAUGAUGACGAUGCAUAUGGAAAAUCUUCCAGAAUUCUGUGGAACCUAUCCUGAUGCAUCUGAAUUGCCGUCGACCAUGGAGUUGCCUUGCGGUAAUGCUGGAACGAGCUUCGGGGCGACUCCACCCACCAUGAGUAACCCACCUGUGACAUCAUCACAUGCAUGGAUGAACCCAUCAUCUUCGUCAAUAUCACUUAUGGGUGCCCCGACUGAACAACUAGCGGCACCAACACUGUUAUCCAAUAAUUCUGUAACGGAAAGCAUAAGAGACACAAACGAAUUACUGAGUAGUGCAAGUGCGUUGCAGAAGAGAAAUUCAAUGGCGGCGAUGAGGGAGAUGAUCUUCCGGAUUGCAGCGAUGCAACCUAUUCACAUUGACCCAGAGUCGGUGAAGCCACCCAAGCGGAGGAACGUGAAGAUAUCAAAGGACCCACAAAGUGUAGCGGCGAGGCACAGGAGGGAACGGAUAAGUGAGAGGAUAAGGAUUCUGCAGAGACUUGUACCGGGAGGAACCAAGAUGGAUACGGCGUCUAUGUUGGACGAAGCGGUCCACUAUGUGAAAUUCUUGAAGACACAGGUGCAAUCUCUUGAACGAGCUGCUGCUAAUAGUCCUGCCGCCCUCGGCUACCUGGCUGCAGUUUCUAAUACCAAUUACUCUCCCUUAGCCAAUGCCUACCAAUCUGUUCAAAUGUUUAACUCUAGUCAAAUGCUUAGCUGAAACUUUACAUAAACACUACAUUGUCUAGUAUGAUUGAUCGAUGCUGCUAUGGUUUCUUUCAAAGAAUGACCGUUUGAUUUUUCUUUAAUAUUUCUACCUCGUAUUUUUUACCUUUAGCUCUGUGAUCCGUUGUGUUAUAAAUUACUAUGUCCCACUGAAUAGAUGUAUAUGUUGACAAACCA